UUGCCAGAGCUGGGAUAAUGUUCUCCACAGCUGUUUUUUUCUCUCCUUCUGGAGUCAUGGCAGGAUCCGAGCAGGAUUAGACGUCCAGUCCGCGAACAGCGAACAAAAGCUGCGCUCUGAACGGUGAGCGCGUUGUGCUCAGGAGUGUCUGCUGAGGUAAUGUCUCUGAAAUGUUCAAAUGCCAUUCCCAGCUGCAGCGGGCUGUAGCCCCGGGCUCCUCCGGUUUGUUUUCAAGCUUUUGUCCCAGUUCAGACCGUUUACCGGGACCAUGAGGACGCCCGGCCCCGAAGUCUCCGCGCGGUUCGGCGUCUCCACCGGUGAGACCGAGCGUCUUUCUGCAGCAACGGCGUGAGGAGGCGCGAGGUCCGAGCGGCGGAGGGGGACCCGGCGGAGAGACUCCUGGACUGGAACCCGUCCGGCGGCCCGGCUCCGGGGGAACCGGACGUUGUGGAAGAGGUCCGGAGACAAAGGAAGCGUUUGUUCUUCUUCUAUUUCCCGCCUGUGGGAACUAACGGUGACCGGGAGGAGUUGAGAGAAAGUUGCCAAAAAAAGUUCCGGAGCGACGCUUUUACGCACGCACGCCCCCGCGCGCGCGCUCGUUCGCUCCCUUUGAUGUGAGCGCCGCCGGGUUGUGAUCCGGGCGGUUCCAGGUGUGAGGAUGGUGGAGAGCCGGAGCUGCGUCCAGAGAGAGGGGGUGUACCGCUGGUUCUCCACCCUCACCUCCGCCCAGAGAGCCGAGUUCCUCUGCGGCCUGCUGGACCUCUGCGUCCCCAUCGAGCUGCGCUUCCUGGGCUCCUGCCUGGAGGACCUGGCCCGCAAAGACUACCACUCCCUGCGGGAUGCCGAGAUCAAAGCCAACAACCCGGCGGACCUCUCGGGCCUCACCAACGUCACGGACGAGGUGGUCCGGAGCAAGCUGCUGGUCUCCCUGGCUCUGCUGGGCACGGACAACCGGGAGGCCGCGGGGGUGCUGUACCGGACGCUGACCCACAUCGACACGGUGAUCAACAACUACGGGCUGGCGCUGAACGACGGCAGGACGGAGGAGCAGUUCCUGCUGCUCUUCACUAUGGCCUCCAACCACCCGGCCUUCAACUUCCACCAGAAGCAGGUGCUGAGGCAGGAGCUGGGCCACAUCCAGGACAUCCUCCAGGCGAGCAACGGAGGAGAAGCUGCAGCAGAAGCUGCAGCAGAAGCUGGCGGUGAUGGAGCUGCUGAUUCUACCGCUCAGCCUCCCCAUCAGACCGUCUCCGUGUCCCAGGCUGCGCUGCCCCCCUCUGCCUCCACCCUGCCCAGCGCCAGCGCCCCCUACCUGCCAACCUGCUGCUGGCACAAGAACCAGACCAGAGAGACCUCGACAGGCUCAGGACCCCCCUCUGGUGCAGCCUUAGGACACGAAGAGCAAGCGGCCCGCCAGGAGCUCCCAUCUCCUCCACCGACUCCUCCGCAGAUCCAGGAUACCCAAACCAGAAGUCGCCAGAAAGCAGGAAAAGCUGUGAUUGAACGUGUGCUGCUGAGAAAGGUGACCCACAAAUCAGAGAAUGGCAGCGAAUACGUGUUUGAGGUGGGCUGGUCCAACGGUUCUACGUCAUCUGUUGUGAAAACGCAGCAGGAGGUGGCAGAGCUGAUAUCCCAGCUUUCACAAGUGUUUCCUGAUGAUGGACUGGAGAAGUUCCUCCAUCAGUCCUUAGAGGUCGACACCAGGUGUCUGACCGCUCUACCUGGCCACGUCCUUCAUCACCACACCGUCCAGCUGUUCUUCACCUCCAACAGGCCCGUGUCUCCCAACUGUCCCUCGUCUCCCUCCUCCGCCAGACUACCUCCGCCUUCCUCCCUACCCAGCAGUCCUGCUGCCCCCACCUGCCCGCUCACUUCCAGCUCCAAUGCUGACUGUACAGUGCAGUACAGAGGAGCGAACAGGGCGGUGUACCGCGUGGCCAGUGUCCAGCCCGUGGUCAGCACCCACAGCUCCGUCCUGACUCGUUCCCCUCCUCACCUCUCCUCCCUCCUGCCUCCUCCCCCCGUUGCUCCUCCCCAGCACCCUCCGCCGCCCCCCUCCAUGCACCCGCUCCCCCUGAGGAGCCCCGCGGCCGGUGGAGGCGACACAUCCUCCCCGCUGCAUCACAGUCAGCCUCACUCGUCCCUGCAGCACCACCUCCAUCAGCAAACCGGCGUUCAGCCCAGCACGCAGUCCCUGCACCUGUCCCACUCCCAGCAGGGGCCCCACUCACACCCCCUGGUCCGCUCACAGUCCCAUCCGGCACAGAUAGCACAGUCCCAGCCCAACCCCCCGGAGCAGAACGGCAUCCUGGACUGGCUGCGCAAGCUUCGGCUUCACAAGUACUACCCGGUCUUCAAACAGCUCACCAUGGAGGAGUUUUUAGCUCUGACGGAGGAGGACCUCAACAAGUACGACUUGACCCAGGGCGCAAAGAAGAAACUCAAGACUCAGCUGGAGCUUCAGAAAUCAGCAGACAGAGAGAUGAAGAUGGAGAAGAGGCCCUGCGGCGGCAUCGCCAGGGUGACGCCUUCCAGUCACAUGGGAAUCUCCACUCAUCCCACUUCCCCUGCAGGGGAGCUGCGGGGGGAGGUGGACGGAGCGCCGCAUCCUCCUCCUCUCCAUCACCUGAUGUCCACAGACAGCAGCUCGUCCCCUGGAUUCUCCGGCUGCUCCUGCUCCCCCUGGAUGGCGCUCUGCUGUGACUCGGCCGUCGACCGGACCAGAGACGUGCUGGGGCGUCCAAACCCGCCCGGUGGCACGGAGAAGGACCGCUUCAUCUUGAACUCCACGGGUUCCGGUCGUCCCACAGCCCAAGUUCUUCCCGUCCAGACGGAUCCUGCUCCUCCUCACCCGCCGUCCUGCUCCUCCCACCUUCCCUUUGGCUUCCUUCAGACCGCUUACCACCCACAGCCCAGUUACCCCCAGUCUGUGCCCAACCCGGCACGCAUCCUGUCCUCCCCACGCAAACCCAGACCCUCCCCGCUCUGCACCGACGACAGGACGAAGCCACUGGGCGCUGUUGCCGUCGGAGCGGGUUUUGGUUUGGGGCACGGAGUGGGGGUGGCGGCCAGGCUGGAGAACCAGUUCUCAGGUCUCAGCGUGGAUGGUUCCCCGGGACCGCAGGAGCCCGCAGUCGGUCGCAGGCGGACAGGGGGGCCCAUGGGUCUGAUGGUGGAAACCAGCUCUGCUCUGACCUCCACCUCCAACAGCCUCCACCACGUCUCCCAGCCCCCGCUGCUCUUCCACCUCUCCUCCUCUCCGACGGGAUACCACAUCUAUCCCCCACCCUCCUCCUCCUGCACUUCCUCCACGUCCGCCAACCCGUCUGGGGCCGGCCCCGGUAACCCGUACUACCAGCCCACCUCCAGCCCCACCCUGCCCACCACCUCAGCCCCCUCCUCCGACCAGAGUCCUGCUCAGAGCGCCUCCGCGUGCGUCUGCAGCUCCUGCGGAUGCCACGGGCAUUGCAGCCCCUACGCGGGGCUGCCAGGAUAUGCGGCGGCCGGCUACCUGCAGCCCUUCUCGGCCGGGCCCUCGCUGUUCACGCUGGGGCCCCUGCUCCACCUCAGCCCGCUCAUCGCCUCGUCCAGCGCCGCCGGCCCCGGAGCGCCGCACUUCUCCUACCCCAUGAUGGUCCCGCCUCCUGUCUACCGUCAGAGUCCCACGUCACACGAGCCGCAACCGGGCUUUGGGUUCUACCAGCCACAUGGCUUCAUGGGAAACGGAGGCCAGAAACGGGCGGCAGGGAACAUGUCCUGCUAUAACUGUGGCGGCGGCGGACACCGAGCAGAGGACUGCAAACAGCCACCGAUGGACUCGGUGCAGCAGGGAACGUUUCGGCUGAAGUUCACGCCUCACUCUCAGAAUAAGGACUCAGGGGACUAAACCACCUUGAGGCGGUGACGUUUGAACUGUCAAGCUGCUGGAAAGGCUUUUACCUGAUGUUGCUGCAGAGGACCAGGGACAAAUCAGCGAGUCUGUGAUCUCUCCAUAAGCAGUGCUCAUGGAGAGAUGGUUCGU